AUGAAGUGGGCCGCUCAGAUAGAGGCAGACUUCUUGGAGUUUGCAGAUGAUACGGCUGCCGAGCCAUGUGCCUGGGCCGCUCAGAUAGAGGCAGACCUCUCGGAGUUUGCAGAUACACAUGCCGAGCCAAGUGCCUGGGCCGCUCUGAUAGAAACAGACCUGCAAGCAGCAGAUGAUACAGCAGACCUGCAAGCAACAGAUCAUACAGCAGCAGAUGAUACAGCAAUUGUGGUAUGCGACGGUGAAUCAUCGCGGUGGGCUCUGACGGCGUUGCACAGGGAAUUGCGGAACCCCUCGGAGUUGGUGGCUGGUCGAGCGGUGGAGUCGAUGGCUUGGCUGAUGAAGAACAACGGUUUCAAGUCUUGCAAGCGCCCCCCAAGGAUGGAUCCCGUUUCGGAGUCGAUGAUCACAGCCGUCGCGGCGUCCUCGUCGUUCAUGUCGAUGAUGGCCCUGAGCGAGGUCCACGGCCAGAGCGAGUGGAAAACUAAAUGCACGCUGACCCGUUUCUAUUCGGCCUUGCACUUACUGGUGUGGAGGCAAGGUUUGCAGAUGGCGCGCCGUCUGUGCGCCAAGGUAGUCGAGGCGGGUGGAGAGCUUAUCUGUUUCAGCGAGUUCGCAUCGUACGACGAGACGCCUCUGCCAGUGAGGGUGCAUGCCGAAGAGAACGUCGUCGUGAAUGUCGGAGCACACGGCGCAGCAAUAGUGGAACCAGGUCUUGACAAUGCUGCGAGCGUCACGGCUGUGCAGGAGGAGCCCAAGGCAAAGAUUCUGCAGACGGAGUUUCACAUUUCGAUGUUGGUGAAGGUUGGCUCCAUUUACCGGGACGUCAGUUUGGAGUUCCCCUGCCCGUUGCAGGUCAUGGACAGAGCCACGGGCGAGACCUACGUUCAUUGCCUCGGCUGGCAGGGCAGGAAAGGCUUGGACGACAUCUCUACCAGAUCCAUGCGGCGCGAUCGGCACGUGAUGAGCGAUUCUGACAGUGCUGUGCUGCGGGGCGAGCGGUGCCUCGCUACUAAGCGCCCUGACGUUGGCGUGGCGCAGGGCUUCUGCAGGCUGCAUCGCAUUUCGGCGAUUGCCUCCAGCGGGAUCGACAAGUUUAUGAAGGACGAUGUCAGUGGAAUUAUCAACAUAGCCUUAUCGUUGAAGGCUUCGGGGGCCAUGCGAGUAUUUCGCCGCGCUCUCAGGGCAGUCAUUCGUGCGCGACUUGUCGUGCUCAGGGGUUCGCCUGGUUAUGUUGCAGAUCGUCGCAGGUCUAAGCUGCUCGACGUCUUCUGUCCGAUCCACCCUGGCAACCACUCCUCUUUCAUCGAUAGGGCCAUCGUGCAGCUCUGCGCCAAUGGUAAUUGGGACAACAAACAGAGAUUCGAAGUCUAUGUCACAGGUGAAUACGACUACGAGGAGGUGGUUCAUUACGUUUGCGUUCAUUUCGUGAAAGUGGUGGCUGGACGUUGCUUCCGACCAUACCCGAGGUCGCGAUGGACAGGCGCAAGGGGUACGCUGGAGAGGCUCGGGCUGUUGAUGAAUAUCCAUGGGUUGUUCCAGGAGGCAUACGUGGUGUUCUGCAAGAGUUACAACGUGCGCGUUCCGCAGGAGCACCAGGGGCAGAUGCUUCCGAUCGUUGACGAUGUUGACCAGACAGCCCAGAACUCCGAAGGGCAUCUCCCCGUGGACCGCAAGAGCGAUGCCAAUGCCCAGUUCAUCAAGCAGAGGAAGCAGUACAUGAAGGUCGGGCUUGAAUUCAGUGUCUGCGUUUCGGCGCCAGCGAAGUUGGUCGUCAUGACGAUGGUUGUUGAGCCGCAGCAGGCUCUCAUGCAAUCUGCCAUCGACUUGGCGGGCAAGGCGUGGGAGAGGAAGCAGAACGCUCGCCGCGCGUAUGCAGUGCAGCAGGGCUUGGACGCAAAAUCGAAGCGGUUCAGAGUGCAGGAGGCGUACGGCGUCGCUCAGGAAACGAAGUACAAGGAUGAGGUGACCGACUUGCUCGAUGGGGCGAAUGAUGCGUGGGAAGCCUUGCCGCUAGCCAGUCGAACAUCAAAUGCUCGGUGUCUAGCGUUCCGACUACUGGCGUUCGGGGCGGCCUAUAUAUAUGUGAAGCUGGUUCGGCCCAGUCUGAAUUUCCCCAAUCGCACGUGCCGGCUUGCCUUCGAUAGCAUUCGAGAUAACGACAUGUCCUACAUGGGUCGGAUGCUGGGCAUGUGCCCGAGGUGCCGUUUCGACCCCUGGACGUUGAAGCUCGUUGAGCAUUACGGCGAUGACAUCUGCACCGAGCGCGCCGUCAUCGACGUUGUCACCAGGGCAAUGCACGAGGAAGUUGACAAUGCGAGAAGGGAGGCUACUCAUGCGAGCAUCCGUCGGGACGUGAUCAAGGCGUCAUGCCAAUCGCCAACGAUAGAGCUCGGUUUGGCCAGCGGCCGCUUCGUGGACAGGAAGGGCAAGCAGAUCUGCGACUGCAAAUCCCUGGAGGCCCGCGGCGAUGGCCAGACUGGGGAGGCUAGCGGCGCCGAGGAGCCAGCGCCGAAAAGGUCCAGGGGGCCAUGUGGAGGCGCAUGCAGGGCGUGGCUGAGCGAGCAGCUCCGAGGCGUGCCCAGAGCGGAGCAGGACCUCAAGGGCAUCCACGACGCGUACAAGCAGCAGACGCCAGAGGAGAGGCUUAAAUACACUAAGGAUGGAGCUGCAGCCACGCAAGCUGGUCGAGAAGGAGUUGCAAGACCAUUCGGCCCCGAUGCUCAGGAUGUUCAGAGGGCCUUGCAUCGCGAUGCGCGCCGCGAAGAACUGCGGGUGAUGAAGGAAUGCGUUGCCGACCGCAUGAGGGCGCAAGUACAUGACGAACAGCAGCCGCCGCAUUUGUCAUCUUCGAGCUUGGCUGUGCUGCCCACUGGUGCUAAUACAUUCGCCUGCAUUGCAGACGGCGUCGCACAGGCCCGCAGGACCAGACACAUCGCAGACAAGAAGCGCGUGCUGGAACAGAAGCUUUACGACGAGGCCUUGGCGGCGCAUGCAGGGCAAUCUGAUGUUUCGGCCGAGGCAUUGGAAGUUGUUUCUGGCGUCUGCAUGUCGGGUUUGCCACUCACUACGGCAUGGGAGCACCGACCCCCUUUAACUUCGACGGUCAAGUCAGCUUGCUGGAUGCCUCGGUCAGCCAGAGAUUUGGCCAAGCUCGUGGCGAGCCUAGACUCGUCGUCCAAUCCCGCUUGCAGGCGCAUUGCUUCGGUCCUGGACUCGGAUUGGGAGACGCGCCACCUCGUCGUCCAGCAUGACAAGUGCGAACAGUUCGGCAAGAUGCCAAAUACACGCUCGACGUGUUGGAUUAUCAACCGCUGCUGCUGCCGCGGGGAUAAACUUCUACUUAAGGCCAUGGUGUCUGGACUGUACGCGUGCCUCAGUCGAGAUUUUCCGACAGGUAAGCCUGCUAGACACGAUAUGCAGCAAGGUUGGUUUGUCGCGUGCAUCGUCAGUCGGGCGCCUGAGCCAUUGGCGGAGGAAGAGGCGGAUGAUCACGUCACUCAAGCAUGGUGGUUGCACAUUUCGUUUCAGAGCCUGAGCCCUUUAUUUGCAGUGUAUACGGGCAUGUGCUCAGACAGUUCCAUCGAGGACGACUUUGUCAAGCUCGAGGCCGAGGAGGCCAUUUGCUGCGACUACGACGUUAUGGAUAACAUAAGAAGUGAAGUUGGAUACGGGGCUGCGUUGCAUCGCGGAUAUCAUCGCCUCAUCGCUUCUGAAGCCCUCGUCGGCGCGACCCAGCCGAAGUUCCAGGAGGCGCGCGCUGUCGGGGAGGAGCUGUGCUUUUGGCCUGGGUCGGUGAUUUACAAGAGAUCGGCUGCCUUCCUAAGGUCGCAAGCAGCUGCUCGCGGCGGCGCCCCUGGGCACGGCGGUGACCUGCACGGCGCCGAGGGCGAGGGUGCAGAGGUUGGCAUCGACAACGGGGACGAGCACAAGGACCAUGGAGACCUCGACGUUCACGUCGACGGCAUCCACGGCGAGGGCUCCGAACCUAAAGGGAGUGACGACGAGGAGGACUCAGAGGAUGAGCAGGGGGAUCCUCCUGGUGGUGGAGGCGGAGGCGGUGACCCUCCUGGUGGUGGCGCCCACGGUGGCGGAGGCGGUGGUCCUCCUGGCGGAGUCGACGGCGGUGGCCCCCCUGACGGAGGCGGCGGCGGUGGGCCAGGGGGUCUGCAUGUCCCUGCUGAAGUGCACCUCAACAUCGGAUGCGGCGAGAUCGUGUACUACGCGACCACCCAGAGGUUCGUGGCCUACUGCAGGGACUGCGGGCACGCCAAGUGCAGUCGUGAGCGGACGGCGCUUGCAGGGAAUCGGGCCGCCACAGGUCGGCCUGUAGGCUUCUUGGCGGCCUGGCUCUUGGACGGCCACAACUGGACGGAUAAGCCUAACCACUGUGGAAUGUGCAUCUCCUCCAUGACCUACAGGAUGCGCCAGAACGCGCGCGGCAUUGUCGAGCGCAUGGCACAGAUCGGCGACGUGAAUGCCCUUCGCACAUUGGCAUGCGAACGGGCGCGCAGGCAUGGAGAGGGGCCCGAGCCUGAUAUGCAGCCCUAG